UCAGAAUCCCUUCAUCAUAAAUAGGUCGUUCGGUAUCUUAAGAAGGCCUUGCAGAAGGGUGAAAUGAUCGUGAUCAAGUUAUAGCCUGGACAGGGUCAACGCACAGAGCCGUCCCAACCUUAUCUCCAACACUAAGACACCUGGGCAGCGGCCAACGAGAAAUGCACAUCAUCGGCGAAUCAGUUCGGUAGCUCGUCCGUCAUAGCAGCUUAAAAUAUGGAAGUUGCCUUGAACUGUCACCGACUUCUCGCAUGCCAAUACCAUCUUCUUGUUAGACCUCCGCCCUUCAAACUUCCCUCUUUUCGCAAACUCAAAUCUCCAGUCCCCCAUUCGCAAACAAACAUCAGAAUUCUUAAAGAUUUUCAUUGCAGAACCAUGGCCUCUUCUUGUACUGCUCCUUGCGUUCAAGUGAAGGAUACGAUUGAUCUCAACGAUAAAGAGAAGCUGAUUUUCGAUCGAUUACUCGAAGUGCUUCAGCAUUUCAAUCUUCAGACUCAGCUCCGUGUUGCCGGCGGUUGGGUUCGGGAUAAGCUUCUUGGAAAAGAAUGCUAUGAUAUUGAUAUAGCUUUGGAUAACAUGUUGGGCCGUGAGUUCUGUGAUAAAGUCAAUGAGUACUUGUCUCACAAAGGAGAAGAAAAACAAGGAAUUGGUGUCAUCCAGUGGUAUGUGCUCCUUUUCUGCUUUUUCGUGAAAUUGGCCUGAUGAUGUCUGAUAAAUAUGAAUAAUAUGGUAACUGGACUCAGCAUGGCAAUAUUGCUCAUUUAUGGGUUGCAUCUGUAUGUGAAACUUGCAUUUGAAUCUUCUAUUCAAGUACCAACUGUUUUUAGUUGGGUUACCAGAAUUCCUUAUCUAUGUGAUUUCUGGUAUUAAUUUCUCAUGUAGGGAGAAUGUGUCUAGUAUCGAAAAUCCCUCAGAUG